CUUUCGUCUGUCUGCAUCUUUGGCUUGUUCGCUUCUGCUCUCUCCUUUUUCACUCUGUCCGUAACGCGCCACCCGUACUGUGCCAUCCAAUAGGCCUCGGCUCAUUCUCAAAGAGAGUCUGUCACCUGGCUGCACUGCACUGCGCUGCGCUGUCUUUAUUCACGUAUCCGUACCUUCUCCUAAUAACCUGGGCUGUGACGAUAUCAACAUCGCAUCAUCGACCAGGCCUUCCUUCGUCUCCUCUCCCUCCGCCUUAUCCCGCCCCGGAAUUUCCUAAUACCGCCAGAUCCACAACCGCAGCCAGCUUAGGUCCCAGCCAAGGUCUCGACUCAACUCGACUCAACUGACUGUAUCCCUAUUCUAUUGCUCAGUUGUUGGAUCUUGUCCUUUUCUGCCUGCGUCUGUCCUUUCGGUUUAUCUCAACUGCCGCCGUCUUCUCUGCCAAGCCAUCGCCCAUCAUGUCUCUAGACCUGGAGCAGCAUUUGACCUUUUAUGGUGCUUACCACCAUAACUCGAUCAACAUCGCCAUUCACAUGGUCUGCGUUCCUCUCAUCCUCAUCUCGGCCUUUUGCAUGGCCACAUAUACUGGCACUCUCAUCCCCACACCAUCCUGGCUCACCAUCCCCUAUCUGGAACUCAACCUUGGUACCAUCGCCGCCAGCCUCUACUCCCUGCUGUAUUUGCUCCUUGAGCCGUUUGCCGGAUUCCUUCUGGCCGCUUUCUGCAUGGGUGGUGCCGCUUUUGGUAACUACCUGCGCCAGCAGAGUCCUGAGACGACCUUCCAGGGCGCCUUGGCCCUCCACAUCGUCUGCUGGAUCUUUCAGUUCAUCGGCCACGGCACCUUUGAGGGCCGGGCCCCUGCCCUGCUCGACAACCUCAUCCAAGCCAUCUUCCUUGCCCCCAUGUUUGUGUGGCUCGAGAUGCUCUUCAAGCUUGGUUACAGGCCCGAACUGCAGGCUCGUGUGAACAAGAAGGUUCAGGUCGAGAUUGAGAAGUUCAAGGCCAAGUCUAAGAACGGCAAGGCCCAAUAAAGGGUGAUGCCUGGAUAUGGCUUGUAAUGUCGUCUUUGAACCCCAUGUCUUGGCAUGCGGUCAAUUACCCAAGGAUGCCAUGCAUGCCAGUUCGAGUGCCAAGACGAACCGCGAUUCGAGCCCACGAGCUUGGCCGAACCGCCAUCGACACAUGAAAAUGCCGACUUUAGUGUCACAUCUUAAGGAUGGAAAAAGUCUGCGACGGUCUUUAGGCCACUAUUGGAGUGCAAGGUGGUUUUAGUGACCUCACCCGUAUCAUCUUUUCACACGCUUCAUGUUUACUAUAGCAGUUUUCAUUUGCUUACACGGCUGUUAGGUUGCUUUGAGAGCCACACAUUAUCAAUCAAAUUCAGCAUGCACAGUUUAGGGAAGGAAUCUAUCUACCUGUACAAUGGACGGGGUCAUGUUGGCUGGCACCUUGAAUGCCGCCUGGAGUGUACGGAGUUGAUCUUGAUAAUCGAGUUAGCAUUUAAGAAAGCACCAUCUAUCUAUCUAUUUAUGCCA